UUAAAAACUUUCAGGUGGCGCUUCUUCAAGAUCAAAAGUAAUCCGUGGAAAUCGAGUGUGAAGGUGGGAAAUGUCCAAUUUUAAGAUGAUAAUAGGUCGCUUUGCCGGCCUAGCAAAUAAUAUAAAGUUACGAAACACCCAAUUAGCAUUUAUUUCUAUCGCUAAACGUUCUAUAUGUAGCAAACAGAUGAGAGAUAUUAAUUAUGUUAGACCUAAACCUUGGCCGUACGAGACGAAAAAAUAUAAGUUUUGGCACGGUUGGAUUGAUAAUACAAUGGAUAGAUUCGAUGAAAAUACUAAAAUAAUCGUUGUAGACGGUCCCAUUGCAGCUGGAAAGUCGACAUUUGCUUCCUCUCUCGCUGAUGAACUCGAUAUGAAAUACUUUCCAGAACCGACCAUGGACCGUCUUUAUAUUAACAAAUACGGCUACGACCUAAGACAAUUAGAUGAUAAAUUACCUCCUCGUUGCAGAAGUUUUGAUGUUAAGAAAUUCUACGAAGAUCCUACUAAUAGUAAUGUUGCCAAGUUUCAGAUUUCUAUGUAUGCCCUGAGAUUUGAACAGUAUCUGGAUGCUAUGGCUCAUUUACUCAAUACUGGUCAAGGAGUAGUACUAGAUCGCUCCAUAUUUAGUGAUGUUGUUUUUAUGGAAACCAUGUAUAAAUUUGGUUAUUUAAGUAAGCCAUGUAAGUAG